AUGGCCGAAUAUAUCUCAAAACCUCGUCCGCCUCUCGUCGAAACCACUAAUCGCCUCAACAUGCCGUUCCCAGCCCAGGACCAGAGGAGCAAGGCGCGAUGCAAUCAAUCUAACAAUGCACAAUACCCAGGCCAGUAUACUAAUAAUCAGAGUAUUCGCCGUGAUUCACGUGGCCAGGCUGUGGCUUACGACGCCUAUAAUCCCACUACACAGAAACCGCAGCCAGCAGAGGCUACGAAGCGUCUUUCUCAGGCAUCGUAUGCGUCCACUUCCAGCAGCCAAAGCAGGAAGAACUACAAAACCCACAUUGGGCCAUGGCAGCUGGGAAGGACUCUGGGGAAAGGCUCGUCAGCCCGAGUGCGGCUGUGUCGCCACAGCAUCACCCAUCAAAUGGCGGCCGUAAAGAUUGUCAACCGUCGCAUGGCGUACCUUGUUCAAGACAGCAGCCUGGCUGCUCUUAGCAAGUGGGACUCCAGCCUUCCUGAAGUUAAUGGCGAAAUGCGUGUUCCUGUGGCGAUUGAGCGCGAAGUUGCCAUUCUCAAACUUAUUGAACAUCCCAACAUUAUGAAGCUCUACGAUAUAUGGGAGAACCGCUCUGAAAUUUACCUCAUUCUUGAAUAUAUAGAUCAAGGUGAUCUUUUUACUUUCAUCAACUCAAAAGGAAGACUGUCCGAAGAAGUGGCUAUUUAUUUCUUCCGGCAGAUGAUCAGCGCUAUUGCUUACUGCCACUCUUUCAACGUGUGCCAUCGCGAUUUGAAGCCUGAAAAUAUCUUGAUUACCGCCGAUCUCCAGAUCAAGAUUGCCGACUUUGGAAUGGCAGCUCUCCACCAGACAGCUUCUCACCGGCUGGCAACAGCUUGCGGCAGCCCCCAUUACGCAGCACCUGAGCUUCUCAAAAACCGGCAGUAUCGUGGAGAUAAGGCCGAUAUCUGGAGUAUGGGUGUGAUUUUAUACGCCAUGCUCUCCGCGACCCUGCCCUUUGAUGAUCCUGAUUUGCGUGUCAUGAUGGGUAAAACAAAAAAGGGACAGUAUGAAAUGCCAAAGUUCCUUAGCCCCGAAGCUGAAGAUCUCAUCCGCCGCAUGCUUCAAGUCAAUCCCGACCAUCGAAUUACUAUGAAGCAGAUUUGGCAACAUCCAUUGAUUCAGCGAUAUAAUUACCUAGAUGAUUUUGGUCAGAACACGGGUCAGCCUCCAGAUACGCGGAAGGGCUUUCAGUACACUCCGAUUCUGCAGCAUCAGAUCGACCCCCAGCUGCUGCGACAACUACGUUCUCUUUGGCACAUGUUUAGCGAUGACGACUUGGAAAUGAAACUGAGCUGCAAAGAACCGAAUGACCAAAAGGCAUUUUACUGGCUCCUCCACAACUACCGUGAAAAGCAGUUGGAGGAUUUUAAGCCGGAACUGUCUCACUCAAUGAGCGACUACCAUCACCUCAAGCCAAACUCGUGGAAAAAACGCGUCUCGACAUGCGAGUUUUAUCAGCCUCGAGCCAAUGGUCAUGGUAGAUCCAUUUCUCGUUUCACAGUCAUUUCCACAACGGCAGAAACUGAGAAUGGGACUGUUCAGAGCUACGACCCUUAUAGAAGCAGCCGAAUGCUAAAAGCAUGCGGCUCUCAAGCUAGCCAUGCCAGGAUCACCGUCCAUCGAGAUGGCGAGAUGACACAAACAUCACAGUCGACUAGAAAACGCAGCGGGUCGAAUGCUACUCGUCGCCCAAGGGCUAGUUCUGUGCGAACAGUUGUAGGUCGUCCUCAGUCAUCAAGGGGAUCAGUGAGCUCUUUGCAUAGCAAUAGGCAAGGCACGCCGCAAAGGCACGGCCCUGGUUUGCGGCACAAACGCGGAGUCGAUUUUUCGCAUGUCCGCAAGCGAUCAGCCUCUGCCGCACAUAUUCAACGGGGCCCUAACCGUUCACAAGCAAAUUCUAUGGUAUCAGAAGGCGUCUCGCAACAAGUCCCUUCGAGGCCUCGAUCUCCAACACCGGAAAUGCCACAGCUGCCUAACGGCACCUAUCCAAAGGCCAAAGGUGAACCAACGUACAAAGACGCCUCGUUUCUUUUUAAUGAAGAGCUGCGCCACUUUAGCAACAACAUCGCCAAAGACUGCGAUGAUGCAUUUAGAAGUUCACUCAUCGAGGACGACUCCAUUUCUGGAUCAUUGACAGACAUGGAGAAGAGGCAGCGUGACUCCACACCGUUUUCCUUUACAAUCGAUACUCCAUCAGAAGCAACCGCACCCACAGAAUUCUCAUGUAUGUCCUGGAGCAGUCGUCCCCUGCCACCACUUCCAUUGGAGCCUGGCCCCAAGGCAACUAAUGUGAACUCUCGACCAGCUUCGAGAGCUGGAGAUAGAGACAAUAUGGUAGACCAAGUCAAUUUACUGGCCUUACCAUUGCUGCUUCCGAACCAAUCGGAUCGCCGAGUCGUCUCAGCUCCGUAUGCCCAGGUUAGUCGCCGGACAGGUACUUUGCCAUGCAUCAAUGAGAAUCCAGGAGGCGGCAACAGUGCCAAUGUUGAGAAAACAAGAAUCGUAUCAGCCCCACCGCAUUCACCAUCGAAGAAGGCAAACCGCCCUAUCAGCGGUGUUGAAUACCUGAACCAAGUUGAAAACUCAAUCAGAGUUGUAACUUCUCCCACGGCACAAGGCCCAGUUGAAAUUCCCGAGCCGCUGAACGUGCGAAAGAAGAGUACCAUGCAAAACCUUGGAGGGCCAUUAUAUCACUAUGCACAGCAACCAGAAAGUGCGGUGGAGAGCUAUGGGCAGCAGAAGGAAGAUACUUCACAGCCAGACCUUCAUAGCCCAGUGAAGAAAAAGAAGUCAUGGUUCAAACGAUCAUUCAAGCUCGACUCGGAGGAGACUUUGGUAGAGCCUAAGGAUGAGAGGCAGCGAACCGUAUCGUGCGAAACUCGCCAGUCGGGUUCAAGCUGUGCGACGGCUGCCUCAUCCAAGAAGAGGAAUUUUAGCUUUCCAUUUUGGAAGAGCAACCGAAAUAGGGAUUCGAAGAUGAUGAUUGAAGAUCGCCAGAGCCGAAAUCAAGAAGUGGCCACUACAAAGGCUGGUACGAAGAAGCAAAAAUGGCAUCGAUCGUCGUCGGCCAGUAGUCGCAAUAUUGAGGUUAAGCAGAACUGGCUUACUAGGCUGUUCCGCGUCAAGCCUGCAACAAGCUAUAUAUGCAUGACGUUGUCACGCAAACGCGCGCGACAGGAAGUAGCCAUCUUGCUGCGAGAAUGGCGUAAGCGCAGAUACGGAAUUAAGGGUAUACAAGUGGAUAAGGAACGCAACAUCGUCUUUGCGCGGGUUGCAGCUAAGAACUGUUUGAAUCUCAAAGAAGUUGCGUUUGCGGCAGAGGUAAUGACGGUGAUUGAGCAUGGCAAGAAACAGCCGCUCAGCAUCAUUCGCUUUACACAAGAGCGUGGUGCCGCGAGCAGCUUUCACAAAGUUGUCGAUACAAUGAGAAUUGUGUUUACCGACCGCAACCUCGUGGUUAAGGACCGAAGCAAGCAAAAGAUGAUGAUCAAGACUCUGAAUUCGUAA